AUGUUCAAAGUGUUGUUACGGCCCAGCUGGCCUCUGCUAGCUUUGUGCCUUGUCCUGAUUUCAUCAACCACGCUGGGUUUCUACCUACCCGGUUUGGCCCCGGUGACUUAUUGUGAGGAUGGCAAAAAUACGAAGACUUGUAAGUCAGAGAUUCCUAUCUUUGUCAAUAGAUUAAAUUCUCCAGAAACUGUGGUACCUUAUGAAUAUCAUAGUUUUGAUUUCUGUGGAAUUGAUGAAACCCAUUCACCUGUUGAAAAUCUAGGUCAGGUUGUGUUUGGGGAAAGAAUUCGUCCAUCACCUUAUGAGGUCAAAUUUUUAAAAAACGUAAAUUGUCAAAGUGUUUGCCAAAAGAAAUAUCCUAAAAAUGAUGCUGCAUCUGAAGCCAAGUUAUAUUUUAUUCUAAAGGGUAUUAGUUUGGAAUAUCAACAUCACUGGAUAAUUGAUAACAUGCCUAUUACCUGGUGCUAUGAGAUGGAUAACAAUAAAAGACAUUGUAGUACAGGUUUCCCUAUUGGAUGUUAUGUUACCAAAGAGAGUUACAGGAAAGGAGCAUGUGUAACAAAGGAUGCCUAUUCUCAAAAAAAUACCUAUUAUAUCUUCAACCAUGUGGAAAUUGUUAUUACUUAUCAUAGUAGUCAGAAAGAAGAAUGGGGUGAAUCUAUCACAGGUAAUGGAGGAAGGAUCAUAUCUGCAAGACUGACUCCAUAUAGUAUUAAACACACCAAACCUGGAUCGUGCCAAGGUUCUCCCAUGGCCAUAAAAGCAAAUCACAAUGAAGAUAUCAAUAUCAACUACACCUAUUCAGUUUCAUUUGUGAUGGAUAAUACAAUCAAGUGGUCUUCACGUUGGGAUUAUAUCUUGGAUUCAAUGCCUCAUUCCAAUAUUCAGUGGUUUAGUAUAAUGAACUCUUUGGUAAUUGUAUUAUUUUUGUCUGGUAUGGUAGCAAUGAUUAUGCUGAGGACUCUUCACAAAGACAUUGCUCGAUACAACCAGAUGGACAAUGCUGAAGAUGCUCAAGAAGAGUUCGGGUGGAAGCUUGUUCAUGGUGAUGUAUUCAGACCUCCACGCAAAGGAAUGUUGCUUGCUGUCAUUAAUGGAAAUGGUGUACAAAUUUUCUUUAUGACUCUGAUAACUUUAGUAUUUGCCUGUUUGGGUUUCUUGUCACCAGCAAAUCGUGGAGCUCUGAUGACAUGUGCUUUGGUGCUUUAUGUAUGCCUUGGCACUCCAGCUGGAUUCAUCUCUGCAAGAAUCUACAAAAUGUUUGGUGGCGAAAAAUGGAAAUCUAAUGUUUUAUUAACAGCAUUUCUGUGUCCUGGUGUGGUUUUUUGUAUGUUUUUCUUGCUGAACUUAAUUCUUUGGGCCAAUGGAAGCAGUGCAGCUAUUCCUUUUACAACUCUAUUGGCACUACUUGCUCUUUGGUUUGGCAUUUCUGUUCCACUUACAUUCAUUGGUGCUUACUUUGGUUUCAAAAAAAGGCCUAUUGAACACCCAGUACGAACUAAUCAGAUUCCCCGACAGAUCCCUGAUCAAUCAUUUUAUACCAAACCUCUCCCUGGAAUUGUCAUGGGAGGUGUGCUACCAUUCGGUUGUAUAUUCAUCCAGCUUUUCUUCAUCUUAAACAGUAUUUGGUCUCACCAAACCUACUACAUGUUUGGUUUCUUGUUUUUGGUGUUUGUCAUUCUUAUCAUCACUUGUUCAGAAGCCACCAUCUUGUUGUGCUACUUUCAUCUUUGUGCUGAGGACUACCACUGGUGGUGGCGAUCCUUUUUGACCAGUGGCUUCACAGCUGUCUACUUCUUUAUCUACUGUAUUCACUAUUAUGUGACCAAAUUAGAACUUGUCGGGGCAGCCAGCACUGUACUGUAUUUUGGCUAUAUGCUCAUAGUGAUGUUUUUAUUUUUCUUGUUAACUGGUACUAUUGGAUUCUUCUCUUGUUUCUGGUUUGUCUCCAAAAUCUACAGUGUGGUCAAGGUGGACUAA